AUGGACUUCAGGGCAGCGGCGGACCUUGACAAUGAGAAGAGGGCCCACGUUCUGGAAAUCAUCGAUAGGCUCCGUGACUUAGGAAUUGGUGAAACAGUUCCACUCCCACAGCUUGUUGUAGUAGGAGACCAGUCAAGCGGCAAAUCCUCCCUCCUCGAAGGCCUCACCGGAAUGUCGUUCCCGAUUGCAAGCGACCUUUGCACACGUUUCGCUACACAGAUCGUCCUCCGUCGCGCACAUCACGAUGACGCCGCAGCAAGAAUAACCAUUAUUCCCGGACCAGGGACACCCUUGGAUGAUGAACUUGAUAAUCGGCUUCGCAGCUUCCAGAGGACUUUAGUAGCUGAUCAAUUCGGAAGCGAAGAGUUUGGACAGAUAUGUGAUGAGGCUGCGGAAUUCAUGGGCCUACCUGGUCCCAAUUCAAAGGACAUCGAAAGUAUCGGCAAGAGGUUCUCCGAUGAUACCUUGAAGAUUGAGCUAUCCGGCCCGGACCAGCAUCACUUGAGCGUUGUCGAUGUCCCAGGUCUCUUCCAUAACCCGACUAAGUACCAAACGGCCGAGGAUCGUGUCAUCAUUCGGAAUCUUAUCCAGUCAUAUAUCACGGACAAGCGGACAAUCAUACUGCGAGUGGGCGAAACUCUGACUUGA